UUCGCAACGUGUCAACAAUCGAAUGGUUGUUGUUUUAAUUUUGGAUUCCAAAAGCAGACGAGAAUUUUUUUACCGUCCCGGAACAUUCCUAGCAAUUAUUUCUACUUAUUCCUAAUUCUGUUGACUUCCAAACCUUUGUUAAAGCACUAUUACAAAGACUGCGAAUUAAAUUUGCUAAGCGAUGUCAUCGAAAGUAACUUUCAAAAUCACACUAACAUCGGAUCCGAAGCUGCCGUUCAAAGUACUAAGCGUCCCGGAAGCUACUCCGUUUACUGCCGUGUUAAAAUUUGCAGCUGAAGAAUUUAGGGUACCGCCAGCAACCAGUGCCAUUAUAACCGACGAUGGAAUAGGAAUCAAUCCACAGCAAACAGCAGGCAAUGUUUUUCUGAAGCACGGUUCGGAGCUGCGACUGAUUCCUCGGGAUCGCGUCGGUAUUCAAUCAUGAGGAUAGACUUGAUGUAGAUAAACUAGUUUCGAAGUAUUCCAUUUUCUAUGGUAAUCUGUUUUCUGUUGAAAAGUAAUUUUGAGGUUGCAAUUUAGCAAUUUUCUGUAUAUCUGUCCUAAGAAAAUUUCUUUGCAAGUGGGACAGAUAGCUGAAUAUUUGUGAUAUAAUUGCAUACAUGAAAUAAAUUCAAAUUUUCGAAGGAUUUUUUUUUAAUUUUAGAUGCGAGCGUGUCAAAGUGUAAAGCACACCGGACGUUACCGCUCUCGGAAAUGUUUGAGCUUGUAAAUUGAAGUGAUUUGUUGAUAUUUCAUACUUAAGUUAAUAAAACGAAUAUCUGUGCUUUUGUUUUCCUUUAUAAGUAAUAAAUAACAAAUAUA